AAGAACCCCAGUACGCGACCUAUAAAGACGCUGUUCUUCUCCAUUCGCGAAGGUUAGACAGUUUUCUUUGCCCAAGUCCACGAUUUCUCAGGUAGCUUGGAGGCUCCUUCGUACCGAGUUUUGUGUCUUCUCAGCUUCUAUCGGUAUCUUUGCUAAUGGCGGACGAGGAACCUGUUGAUCAGAAGAAGUACCUUGAAGACUCCUGCAAGCCGAAAUGUGUCAAACCAUUUCUCCAAUAUCAGGCAUGUGUUAAGAGGAUCGAAGGUGACGAAAGCGGCCACAAGCAUUGUACUGGACAAUAUUUUGACUACUGGUCUUGUGUAGACAAAUGUGUUGCACCAAAGCUCUUUACUAAGCUGAAGUGAUGUGGCGUAUUCUGUACACUGAGAGCAUUUUUCCUUUCUGAUUUUGAAACGUUUAAACGUUUCAGAACGCUGUAUUUUAUUACUGGAAGCAGUCUGUGAUGUUUGGUGAAUUUUUUCAGAACAUGGACACUUAAGUUUCAAUCAAUAAAAGAAGUCCUUUGUUAGAAUUCAUUGAUA